GGAGAGAGAGAGAGAGAGGGGGUGAUGGUAAAAGGAGCGGACGCGCUCGCGCCGAGUCACUCGUGUUGGUCUCGCGCACGGUCCUUUAUGACGUCACGUCCAGCGCUCGGUCUUCUGCGGGAUGCGAGCGUCGCGAAGCCCCCUCCAGCCUUUAAGACGCUCGGUAUGAGUCGGAUUACGGUGGCGUGCGGAUGACGGAGUCCCGGUGGACGCGAGCGGACUGAGCUCUCCUUCUGAUCCACGCAGCAGCGUCUUCUCCGCCGGACACGACAUGGACGACUCGGGGAUAAUCAGGCGCAGGCGGCUCCAGGAUCUUCCUCUGCCUCGUAAAAACAGCAGUUGCCGCAGUAACCGGAAGAGUUUGAUUCUGACCUCCACCUCCCCGACUCUGCCCCGCCCACAUUCCCCUUUACCGGGACACAUCGGAAGUAGUCCUCUGGACAGCCCUCGAAACUUCUCUCCCAGCACUCCGGCACAUUUCUCCUUCGCUUCAUCAAGACGGGAUGGGCGUCGAUGGUCGCUGGCGUCUCUUCCGUCUUCUGGCUAUGGAACAAACACUCCCAGCUCAACGUCCUCCAGCUCGUCUCAGGAGCGUCUGCACCAGCUGCCAUAUCAGCCCACCAUGGACGAGCUGCACUUCCUGUCCAAACACUUCGGCAGUACAGAGAGCAUCACUGACGAUGACGGGGGACGCUGUUCACCCCACUUAAGACCCCGCUCGCGCAGCCUGAGUCCGGGUCGCUCUCACUCCUGCUACGACAAUGAGAUCAUCAUGAUGAAUCAUGUUUACAGAGAGCGUUUCCCUAAGGCUACGGCGCAGAUGGAGGGCAGGUUGUGUGAAUUCAUCCACUCAAAUUGUCCCGAGAGCGUUCUGCCGCUGGCCGACGGGGUCCUAAGCUUCAUCCACCACCAGAUCAUCGAGCUGUCCAGAGACUGCCUGACCAAAUCUAAGGAGGGUCUCAUCACCUCCAUCUACUUCUUUGAGCUGCAGGAGAACCUAGAGAAACUUCUGGAUGACGCUUAUAAGAGGUCGGAGAGUUCAGAGUUGACCUUCGUCACUGAGUUGGUGAAGAAACUCCUCUUCAUCAUCGCUCGGCCUGCUCGACUUUUGGAGUGUUUGGAGUUUAAUCCUGAAGAGUUCUAUCAUCUGCUGGAGGCGGCUGAAGAUCACGCUAAAGAAGGACACCUGAUGAAGACCGACAUCCCGCGGUACAUCAUCAGUCAGCUGGGUCUGACCAGGGACCCUCUGGAGGAGAUAGUCAGCCGAGAGCAUUAUGACAGCGAGGGGCCCAUCACACCGGAGACAGAUGACUCCGCAGAGGGAAAGAUAAAACCCAUGAAGGCACCUGGAGAGGCAGAUUUCCAGACUAUCAAACUGAUCAGCAAUGGAGCCUACGGCGCGGUGUAUCUGGUCCGCCAUCUGGAGACGCGACAGCGCUUCGCAAUGAAGAAAAUCAACAAACAGAACCUGAUUCUGAGGAACCAGAUCCAGCAGGCGUUUGUGGAGCGAGACAUCCUGACCUUUGCUGAGAACCCCUUCGUGGUCAGCAUGUUCUGCUCCUUUGAGACAAGAAGACACCUGUGUAUGGUCAUAGAGUAUGUGGAAGGAGGCGACUGCGCGACACUGCUAAAGAAUAUCGGAGCAUUGCCUGUGGAAAUGGCACGCAUGUACUUCGCUGAAACUGUUCUGGCUCUCGAAUACAUACAUAACUAUGGAAUCGUGCACCGAGAUCUCAAACCGGACAAUCUGUUGAUCACAUCAAUGGGUCACAUUAAACUCACAGAUUUCGGUUUGUCUAAAAUGGGUCUCAUGAGUCUCACAACAAACCUGUAUGAAGGACACAUCGAAAAGGACACCAGAGAGUUCCUGGAUAAACAGGUGUGCGGCACCCCAGAGUACAUCGCCCCGGAGGUGAUCCUGCGGCAGGGUUAUGGCAAGCCGGUGGACUGGUGGGCCAUGGGCAUCAUCCUCUAUGAGUUCCUGGUGGGCUGCGUGCCGUUCUUCGGCGACACACCAGAGGAGCUGUUUGGUCAGGUGAUCACAGAUGACAUUGUGUGGCCUGAGGAUGAUGACGCUCUCCCCGCUGACGCACAGCACCUGAUCUCAUCUCUCCUGCAGACCAACCCGCUGCUCAGACUGGGCACAGGUGGAGCAUUCGAGGUGAAGCAGCAUCCGUUUUUCUGUGAUGUGGACUGGAGCAGCUUGCUCCGGCAGAAAGCCGAGUUCAUCCCUCAUCUGGAGUCGGAAGAAGACACCAGCUACUUCGACACACGAUCAGACCGAUAUCAUCACGUUCACUCGUACGAUGAAGACGACACCAAUGACGAUGAGCCAGUGGAGAUUCACCGCUUCUCCUCCUGCUCGCCGCGCUUCAGCAAGGUGUACAGCAGCAUGGAGCACCUGUCGCAGCUGGAGCACAAACCCGUGGUGACCCGUCGAGAGCCCAAAGCUCACAGAGAAGACCGCAGCAAGAGAGAAAGUCUGGGCAGCCUGACCCUCCGAGACAAGAGCUGGAGAACCAGAUCUCCCGAGAUGAAGCGUUUGUCAUGCUCAGAGUUGUCUUUCACUGAAUCAGACUCCAGUCCUCCUGGUGCGCGCCGGCGUUUCUCAGCACUGAUGGACACGCACCGCUUCGCUUCUACGCUAGAGGGAGACGGUGACGUACACUCACGACAAACACCCAUCAAAACCAGGGGCUUAUCACUAGAGGGCGCCAGCGUGCCCAUCUGCUCCGGACUGGUGGAGUCCAGCUCCACGGCGUCAGUGGGACAUCCUGGAGAUAAACUGCUGCGGCCUGCUGAUGCCGCGGCUGCCACUCCCGCGGUUCCUCUACACAUGCCAGACCCGUUUGUGCCUCGCGUCGGAAGUGACCUCGUGUUACGAAGAGCGCGACAUCAUCAGAUUCCGACCGACAGUGAGAAACUUAGCGCGACUCGCUCUGGAACCAAAGUCAUAAAGUCAGCCUCUGCCACGGCCCUGUCUGUCAUCAUACCUGCAGUUGAGCAGCAUGGUACAUCACCACAAGCCAGUCCCAUGUCUCCUCGCUCCAUCUCCUCCAAUCCCUCGUCUCGUGAUUCGUCUCCGAGUCGUGACUACUCACCUACUGUCAAUGUCCUGCGCUCACCCAUCACCAUCCAUCGCUCUGGAAAGAAGUAUGGCUUCACCUUACGCGCCAUCAGAGUCUACAUGGGUGACAGUAACAUCUACAGCGUACAGCACAUGGUCUGGCAUGUUGAGUGUGGCGGGCCAGCUCAGGAGGCGGGGCUUUGUGCUGGCGACCUUAUCACCCAUGUGAACGGGGAGUCUGUGCACGGAUUGGUGCACACAGAGGUGGUGGAGCUCAUUCUGAAGAGUGACAGCAAAGUAACAGUGACGACCACUCCAUUCGAAAACACAUCCAUAAAGGUCGGACCAGCAAGGAAGCUUAGCUACAAAGCCAAGAUGGCCAGACGCAACAAGAAGUCAGCCACAAAAGAUGGACAAGAGAGUAAGAAGCGCAGCUCUCUCUUUCGUAAGAUCACGAAACAGUCCAACCUGCUUCACACUAGUCGUAGUCUGUCCUCUCUGAAUCGUUCUCUUUCAUCUGGAGACAGUCUGCCUGGAUCGCCCACACACAACCUGUCUGCUCGCUCGCCCACGCAGACGUACCGCUCUCCUCCAGACUCCGCCUACCUAGGCACCUCAUCUCAGAGCAGCUCACCGGCGUCCAGCACACCAAACUCGCCUGCGACAUCACAGCACAUGCGGCCGAGCUCUCUUUACGGCCUAUCGCCCAAACUCCACCGUCAAUACCGUUCUGCUCGCUGCAAAUCCGCUGGCAACAUUCCUCUGUCUCCGCUGGCCCACACGCCAUCCCCUACUUCAUCUUCCCCACCUCCCAUUGCUGGACACACUGUCGGCAGUUCCAACACUACCCAGGCCUUCCCUGCCAAGCUCCACGCCUCUCCUCCAAUCACACGCCCCCGCCCCAAGAGUGCAGAACCACCCCGUUCACCUCUCCUCCAAAGGGUGCAGUCAGCCGAGAAGCUUGGCCCACCCCCUCCACCUUCAUUUCCAUCCUCCACAUCUUCUGUGGGCUCGGACAGAAAAGGAGGGCUUUGCGUGUCCAUGAGGAAGCAUGGCUUGGAGGUUGUGCAUGCCGAUUACCGCCGGGAGUCGUUCCACUGUGAACAUGCCCUCCAGAGCCUGAUGGAGAUCGAGGGCGAGAACACACCUGGGGCUCCGCCCUCUCCACCCGACCAGAAGCCAAUACACACACCAACUCAGCUCACAAUGACUCCAGUGAGGCAACUCGGGAGACAAGAAUCGAUAGCAGGAAGAGAGACCGAGGGGAAAGUGAGGCAGCCUGACUCAAGUGAAGCCGUUUUAAGGACGGUGUCAAAAAACUUUUCAGCAGCAACCACUUUGGAUCCUAAAUCCUCAACCCAGUUUGGUGAGCCACCUCAGGAGGAGAAAGUAGCCUCCAAGUCUUCUCAAGUCAUCUCGACAGGGAAGGAGGCAGCCAAGGAUGUGGGAAAGAGCGAAUCACUUUAUGCAAUGGGAUCUGGUCCCAAGGUUCCAGAACAAACGCCGGUUGUCCAGAGCUAUGGAGCACAAGAACUCAAACCCCAUAGUCUUCAAACCGAUGGUCUUAAAGGGCUGGAAAAUGGCAAAGACAUGGGAAAGAUUCCGGUGAAAGAGAAAACUGCACAGACAAUGGCUCCAGAGGCAAGCAAGUCAGGCAAAGGACCUCUGACUAUUGAGGGGACUGGACCUAGUUCUGCUGGUGUAAUGAAAGUCUCAGCAGCAUUUCCUGGCCAGUCCAAAUCUAUUGAAGAACGCGUUCAAACCCAAUCGGGGUCAACCAGAGUCCCUCAAGAGGAAAGAUGUCGUCUGGAAGUGGCUGAAGAGUCCCCAGCCUCUCCGUCUCCAACCGUCAGGUCGCCUUGCACAAGCAAAUCACGUGCCGUAUCUCCUGGUGACAGGUCCAGCUUUGUGACGCAGCUCACCAGUGUGGCUAAAACCGUUCUUGGGCCAAUGAAGUUGGGCUCUCAGGAUGGCGGGAAGACCAAGGACAGCUCCAAAACCAAUGAGGACAAACGAGCAGCCACGUUGGGAAAGUCAGAGGCCUCGUCUGGGAGUCGCCGCGGGUUGACGGGAACAUGGCCCGGUCCUGGAUCAUCAAAGCCUGAAAAGGCAUCGAAGAGCUCUUCCAAGCAUCCGUGAUAUUCUUAACAGAUAUGUUCUGUUCGGAACUUUAAAUGGAAUGCAUUCCCUGUAAUUGUCCAAAUGCAGACUACUCAAAAGACUCUACAGCCAUCAAACCAAGAUAUACAAAAAAAAACGUAAACAAGUAAAGGUGCUUCAAAAUGACUGUUGUCAAAUAUGUUUGUUUGUGCAUAUGCCAGUAUAAACCAGUAUGUCUCUCUAGAUGCAUGUUAUAUGUAUAUUGUGAAUAGAAGAGUAAAAAAAAUAAGAUGAAAAAUGAAAGACCUAAUGCUAGUGAACACUGCACAUCCAAUCAUUGCUGCCUGGUCUGUAGAGGGCAUGACAUGUCAUUCAUCACCAUAUCAACCAAUCAGUUUGUCAGAUUUAGAAAGGAGAGGUAGUUAGUGUUUACCUAGUGACCAACACCAUAGACUUUAAACAAUCUCAGUCCAGUACCUCAGCUAUACUGUUAAACUGCCAACAGUAGCGCUAUACUAGAGACAACAGAAUGCCUAACUAGAGGUUUGAGAGGGUUGCACUGGUGGAAAAGGGAAAUGAUUGUUGCACAAGGACAGAACCAUGUGUAUAAGUGGUUGUUUCUGCUGUCUUAAUUACAUUUGCACUGGAAAUGCCCAGCAAAAAGGCAACAUGAAAUCAAUUUACUUCGUAAUGGAUUGCUAUGUUAUUUAAUCUGCAUCCACCCUGACUAAGGUCUGUAGUCAAAUAGCUACUUAGUAGGAAAAUGCAAUACUCAUGCAUUUUUGCUUUAAGGUGAAGACCUUACUCAGUGCAUGUUUUGCAAGAUUCUCCUUUCUGUCAAACAAAUUUUAUUGGACUGCCCAGCUUUUUAUGUAUGUAGAAAACUCUUUUAUGAAGUGAACUCCCUUAAAGAGUUAUUUAGUAUAAUUUUGCCAGAAAAAGUUUUAGAAUUUUUAUCAUAUAUUAAUGUAAACAAUCUUGUGUAAUGUAACUUGUGGUUGUUUGUUUGCUGGUUUUGAUUGUAUUUGUUAUCCUUGUAUUUUUAUUUAUUUAUUUUUGCCAUGAAAAUAGCCUAAGAUCCUGACUUGGCAUUAAAUAAAAAUAUACUACUACUAGUAGUAGGAAAAUGCAGCCUUUUUAUCGACUAGUUAGUGGAGUAAUUUAUUGCCAAUUAUCAAAAUGGCAGUAAUAAACAAAGAUUUGGAAGCAUGACCAUUAUGGAAGUAAAUUGGUUUGCAGAUAUCGUUUCAUGUUGACUUUUAUGUGGAUGAAUUUAAAUAUCCUUGGAAAGAAGCAAGGAGAGUGUAUAUAGUUUUAAUUUGCCACUCUGAGACUGGAGGGAAAAUCUCAAAAAUGACAUUGCGAAAUUAUAUUGAGAUUAUUAGAUUAAGUCUAUGAAAAAUAUCGGUCACUAUGAUGUCAUUGUGUUAGAUUAUAUAUAUAUUAUAGGCCAGUAAAUGCACUGUGGAUUAUACACUUGAAUUCUUACAACUCUGAAGAAGCCUGAAUUAUUCUUAAGUAUAUGCAGAAGAGUUCGUAAAAGUAUGAGGUAGUACGUGUGUAGAUGUGUCUCAUUUUAAUCCAUUUAGGGCUUUUAAUUCAAUUUUGCUACAUUGUGUCCAACUUUUAUAGGAAUUAAUUACGUAGUAGGUUGACUUGUCUGGUGGUCUGCGAGAGAUGCAAGAUGUUCUGGAAGGGGCUUCAUGUUACAUGUGGAACUGAUCCAAUCUGUUUACACUUUAAAUCACACGGUCACUCUCACGUUUGUGUGAACGUCUUUUUGGAGACUCUGUGUGUAGUGAAUCUAGCGAUAUCUUAGGAGUGUUUGGUGCCACAUUAAUGCAAUGAUUUCUUCCAAAUCAGCUGAUGCUUGAUCCCUGAUUGACUAUCUUCUGCCAAUAAAGGACUUUACACUUUACCCAAAUUUAUUAACCCAACUAUUUUCUUUGGUAUUAUCAUGGAUUUUUAGACAUUGUACCAUGAUAAUACCAUUUUUGGACAUACACUUUGAAUAAAC